GGAAAACAUUGCCAAUGAAGGUACUAAAGUAAAACUCAUGACUUUCAGAAUUAAAUAUACUUAUUUUAUAUACAUUUAUCAAAUAUAUGUACUUUUUAAUGUGAAUUUUCUAACGGUAACUAUAUUAUCUCUCGCAAGUUGUUUACUCACAGCGACACCUGUGUAUUAAAGACGAGAAUUUAUUAUUUGGUAAUCAUUUCUACCAUAGAAUAUGGCAGAGACUGGCUACAUUUGCACUCUUGAAGAAAAGUAUAUUAAGAAAGCUAAAGAUGAAUUGAACGAAAUACCAAGUGAUAGAUUAUCAGCUGUUCAAGCUUUAAGAGAUUGGAUCAACGAGCAGAAACAUAUUAAAUUUGAUACAAAAACAUUGAACUUGAUCAGAUUUUUAAGGCAUGCCAAAUACAGUCAAGCUAAAGCAAGAGAAACAAUUGAAAAUGUUAUCAAGUUUGUCCUUAACAAUCAACUGUAUUUUUUAAAUUUAGAUUCUCAAUGUGAUUUAAUUCAAGAUACUGUUAGAAGAGGUCAAUUAGUCCUUUUACCUGGAUACGACAAUGAAGGUCGAAUUAUAGUACUCUAUAAAUUAAAUAUGAUAUCUUUUGAAGAGCUGAAGAAGAAAUACAAAUUUAUGACCUUUAUUAAGACCCUCAAUGCAAUUAUUUUGACCCUCAAAGAUGAUGAAAUGUUUCAAGUGAAUGGUUUUCAAAUGAUUUUUGACAUGACUGGUUUUAAUUUGAAAAUGUUAUCAUUAUUCCAUGAUCCCGAAGCUGUUAGAUUUAAUAAAGAGAGUCAGAAAGCUCAAGUGGGAAGAAUGAAAGGCAUACAUUAUUAUAAUAUUGGAAUACUCUUUGAAGCUCUGUUUUCAAUUUAUAAACCCUUCAUGAGCAAGAAGCAAAAAGAAAGGCUAUAUGUUCAUGAAACUUUGGAAUCGCUGUUCAAUCAUAUUCCUAAAAGAAUGCUACCAGAUGAAUAUUUACCUGAUGAAUAUGACGGACAAAGAGCCGGGUCUCUUCUAGAUCUUGGAGCUGAAACGGGAGAGAGAUUACUCAAAUAUAAUGAUCAAAUUCUCGAGUUUACUAAUCCAGAUAACUUCGGUUUCGAUGAGAGCAAGAAAUCUUCCGACGAACCUCUACAACAUUUCAGGAAAUUAAAUAUUGAUUAAAAAGAAUUCUAAAUUGACUUUUAUUCAAAGUUUCAAUAUUUGUUCCAAUUCAUUUCAUGAUUGCCUAUGUUUUUCGAAUAAACAUUUUGUCACAUUAAA